AUGAAGAAAGAUUCCUCCUUGGACACUGCAAAUUUUUCCUUGGAUGGGAAUCAGACAACAUUUUUUCAGCCUGGCUGGCAAAUAGCACUUUGGGCUAUCGCCUACUUCUCCACAGUCAUUGCGUCAAUUGUGGGCAACAGCAUAGUCAUUUGGAUUAUCCUCUCUCAUCGACGGAUGAGGACUGUCACCAACUACUUUAUUGUUAAUUUGGCUCUUUCUGACCUGCUCAAUGCUGCUUUGAACACAGUGUUCAAUUUCAUUUACGCCUGCCAUAAUGUUUGGUAUUUUGAUGAGGGAUUCUGUCGGUUUAUUAACUUAGUUCCUAUUACAGCAAUGUUUGUGAGCAUUUAUUCUAUGACUGCUGUCGCUGCUGAGAGGUACAUGGCAAUAAUUUAUCCCUUCAAGCGAAAGCUUUCUGCUGGGAACAUCAAAAUGAUUAUAGGGGCAAUAUGGCUGAUUGCUUUUGGACUUGCCUUCCCACCGUUCUUUUAUUCAAAAGUUAUCAUCGAUAAUGGAACUGCUAAAUGUAUGGUUGCCUGGCCAGAUGGUGUUGAGCAAAAGUGUAAGAAGACGUAUCAAAUUACAGUGAUUGUUUUGGCUUACCUGAUUCCUCUCAUGGUGAUGUUUGCCACAUACAGUAUAAUAGGAAUUACUCUGUGGAAUAAUUCUGUUCCUGGAGAACACACUAACAGAGUCUACUACCAGCAUCAGAUUCUGGCCAAAAAAAAGUUUGUCAGAACGAUGGUUGCUGUUGUGAUAACAUUUGCGAUAUCUUGGUUUCCUUAUCACAUCUUCUUCAUCUUGAAUUGUUUCUGGAAGGACAUCUAUGAGCAAAAGUACAUUCAACAAGUGUAUCUAGCAGUCUUUUUGCUUGCCAUGAGCUCUUCGAUGUACAACCCAAUUAUUUAUUGCUGUCUAAAUCAAAGGUUCCGCUCCGGUUUCCGGAUAGCUUUUCAAUGGUGCCCGUUCAUCAAAGCAACUCCCGCAGACAGACUUAACCUGACCUACCCCUUACCCCUACACAAGGAACAUAUUUCCAACUUUCGGACAAGCUCUGGAACAAAUGCUCCUCUUGACACUGUUCACCUCCCCAUUGGCAUCACAAGUGGCACAAGCACUGACCCCGUGGGCAGCCACAAAGAGAUGGUGAAUUAUGCUGAUCACACAUGCAGCUGCCUUCUACUACAUCAGAUCACUAUAUGGGGGAAGAGAGACAUCGAGCUGUCUGUCGAUCUCACGGAGGAGCCCUAG